AAAUUUAAGAACCGGUGUAUACACUUUCUUUCUUUUAUAUUUCUUAAAAAUGACAAGCAACAAUCUUCCUCUUGAAAACAAAGUCGCCAUCGUUACAGGAGGCUCCAGAGGUAUCGGAGCAGGAAUCGCUGAGACAUUAGCAAGCCGUGGUGCCAAGGUUGCCAUUACUUAUACCUCUGAGAGUAGCAAAGAAUCAACCCAAAAAUUAGUGAAUAAGAUCAAAGGAUUUGGUACUUCAGCAGACGCCAUCAGUAUUCAAGCUGACUUGCGUGAUCUUGCAAGUGCUGAACAUAUCGUUGAUACUACUGUCAAAGCUUUUGGUCCCACCAUCCAUAUUCUUGUUAAUAAUGCGGGAUGCGCUAAAUCAGGGGCACUUGGAACAUUGAAAUUGGAUGAUUACAACCAUAUCUUUGAUGUGAACGUUCGGGCUGUCUUGUUCAUGUCAGAAGCCGUUGUUGGUCAUCUUCCCAAGAAAGAAAAAGACGGGAGUGGAGGUAGAAUUAUCAAUAUCGGAAGCAUUGCUGGAAGAAUUGGUGUUGCAAGAAACUCUAUCUACUCUGCAAGUAAGGCAGCUAUUGAAGGCUUUACAAGAUGCUGGGCAUCAGAGUUAGGCCCUCAGGGACACACUGUGAAUCAAGUUAACCCUGGAGCAGUGGACACUGAUAUGCUCAAAGGUUUUGAUGGGCGUGAGGCACUUAUAAAAAUGACACCUUUUGAAAAUCGUGUUGGCUUGCCUUCUGAUAUCGCUGAAGUAGUCAGUUUUCUUGCUGAAGAUAGAAGCCGCUGGAUCACUGGACAAACAAUUUCGGCUUCUGGUGGAUUACAAAUGUAUUAAUUCCUGUGGAUCCAUUUUAAGAACACCGCGUAGUCAUUCCUUAUUGGUAAUUCAUCUAACUUAUUAAUGCUACAAUUAAUUCUGUAUUAGAGCAAGAGCCUGAUUAAUAUUAAAUUUUAUUACAUGUUUGCGAACCCAGUUUAAUUAUCUCUGUAUAUUUGUUGUAGUGAUCAGACACGGCGUAGCGUU